CGUAUAACGCAGGCUUACUGUCCGUCAGCAGCAAUUUCUUACUUUCUACUUUCUACUUGUCUCAAUUCAUUCACAACCUUCACCGUAACCUUCACAUCCACAGAUCCUCACCAAUGGCCUCCACCGCGAUUGCCAAAUUAACGUACGCCGCCAACGCGCCGCAGGUGCGCCCCUCAAACCCCCCUAAAUUCGCCGCCAUUUCACUCGCUCCGCGCCCGACAGGAUUCCGCCCUUCGCCGCCCAAUUUCGUCCUUACUCGCUCUGCAAAUGGAUCGUCCUUUCCGAUUAUCAGAGCUCAGGGCUCGACAGAUUACGUGCCUGAGGCCAAUUUCUACAAGGUUGAAGCCAUUUUAAGGCCAUGGAGGAUCCCACAGGUUUCAUCGGCUUUGCUGAAAAUGGGAAUCCGUGGGGUUACCGUGUCUGAUGUACGAGGAUUUGGUGCUCAAGGCUCUGAAUUUUCCGAGGACAAUUUUGUUGUAAAGGUUAAGAUGGAAAUUAUUGUGAGCAAAAAUCAGGUUGAAGAAGUUAUUGAUAAGAUAAUACACGAGGCAAGGACUGGAGAGAUUGGAGAUGGCAAGAUUUUCCCCAUCUUUUGCUCAAGAAAUGAGAUUCAUCUUUAUUUGGUGUUUGUUAAGGCGAGAGAGGAGAAAAAGCUGAGAGGAUGGUUGGGGGACAUGCUGACAUGUCUUCUGCCUGACCGGCCGCUUGAGGUCGGACAAAGGCUUUCAAUGAUGAUUUUGUCAUUAGCUUCCGUUCUGGAGUUUGAAAUUCAGGGGUUUUUGCUCAGGAGACCGUACUCUAGUUUUAACUGAAAACGCUCUUUUCUGUAAUGCUUAGAUUGAAAUUGUUGUUUUCGAACAAAGUUCUAAUAACGCAUACCUGAGAAGAUUUUCUGAAGCUGGGAUUAGUUUUUUUUAGUUUCUUGAAUGAAUAAAGGAUUAUGAUGAAAGUUAUGUUGCCUUGUUUGUUACUCUUCGUUGCUUAUGAUGCUUCUGAUGAAUUUUUAUUCAUUAUUGACUUGCAUAUCGG